AACUCUGACGUAGAUUUAUUUAUUUCAGAUUCGAGAUCACAGAUCGUGACGGCGUCAUCGCAGUAAACACGGCCUGUACACACCUUUGGGAAUACCGAAUUAGAGUGUCGCUAUGUGAAUAGCCCAAAAGCCAAUAUAUACGAAUGAACAAAUUAGAAAUUUGCCCUAGGCUGUCCACGCAAAACAUAUUUAGCUUGUUUAUACGUCUGAAACGAGUGACCAAAGAUGUCAGGAUUUGAAAUUUAUAAAUAAACCUGUCUGCGUACAUUAUAUAAUAUGUAAUAGGAGCCUUCCAUGGGUAUGAUCUCAAUAUGCACAAUUCUCCUUAUAUUAACCGUAUUAACAAUAGUUCUUAGGAGGUGAUGGUCUUAGCAAUUAACCAACUGGGCAGAAGAGCGGCUCCCUUACCGAAAGCCUAAUUCUUGAUUUUUUAACGCUUUUAAAGUUAACCUAAUAUAUCUUCACACGAAUUCAAAGAUAGCACCGUGGCCACCGUAGCUUUCCAUAUACUAGUGGCCAUUGAGAGUCGACCCUAUAAUAAUAACUCUAUAAAGUCAAAUUUAACUAAUGUGCAGGUGCUCUCAACGUUUUUACUCUUACAGUUUAACGUGUGCUCCGGUAUUCGCUUGAUCGUCUUUGCUGGCACUUUCAAAUUCUAUUUUUUCUCCUUCGUUGCAUAACGUUUUAUUCCCAUUGUAGGUGCUGCUGCUGGCAGUGCAGCUGGUAGCGGUGGAAACGGCGGCGGCGGCGGCGGCGGCGGCGGCGGCGGCGCUACAAGCGGGUGGACAUUUAUGUCGACCGUACAGUCUCUACUCGAGCUUGAAGAGAAACGCUUCCGAUGUUCGCAUUGCCCGUAUCAGACAAACGACGUCGGCAACUUCCGUCGCCACGAGCUCAUCCAUAGUGGAACAAAGCCAUUCAAAUGCGUCCUCUGCGACUUUCGCUCAGCCUGGCGAAAAUCGAUCAAGUCGCAUAUGAUCAACGUGCACAAGACGACGGCCGCAGAUCGCAGCAAGAGCCCUCAGACUACGGAAAUUCAAGUUGAGACGUAUACAGGCCGACACAAGCUGGCGACCAUCUCGUACCGGUUGAUUCGAUGUCCGAAGUGCACUUUUCUCACGACGUCGCGUGCCGAACUAGUAGCUCACACACGACUGCAGCACCCGCUCGUCGUUCAACUUCCUUUACAAGUGCCACCGCAUAGAAGCGCCGGUGGGACAAGUGGCUCUAGCGGAGCGUCAGGGGUUGUUCUGCCGGCGACGGAAGGACAUCAUGGUCCUCCAGUGGCCAUUGUUCCGGCUGGGAGUGUUGGAGCUGCGCCUUCGUUACCACCGCCACCACCUCCGUCGCUAAGUUCGACCGUUCCCAUAGCAACGGGCGGUGCAAUGACAACAGGCGGGCCCAUUGUUUCCAUGGCAACCGUCGUUGGCAACAGCUCUGUACCGUUUAGACGCUGUCGGAUUUGUGGGUUCCAGGGAAGUCGGCGAGCUGUCCGUGAACACGAACAGGUUGUACAUAUGAUGUUUGAGGCCCCGAAAUUUGGUGCCAAAAUGAUGCUUUCCCUACUCACGAUGUUGCCGGGAGGCGGGGGUCCCGGAGGUCCAGUGGCGGGUGGUCCCCAGGCGUCAGACGAGGUUCAUUACAUCCCGUUCGAAGGGGGCUACAAAUGUAAGCAUUGCAAUUAUUGUGCACCACACCGAAACCUUGUAGUACGUCACGCUCGAACUCACACCGGUGAGAGACCAUAUGCUUGUAACUACUGCUCGUAUCGAUCGUCGCGAUUGGACAACAUGCGGACGCAUUCAUACAAGUGCGCUGAGAAACGGCAGAAACGCAAUCUCGGCGUUAUGAAGGGACUCAACAACAAUACGAUCAACUUAAACAACGCGCUCAGUAGUGGCGGUGCCGUCGGUAGUGGCAGUGGAGGUAUACCGGCAGGAGGACAAUCUGGCGGAAAUAAUCCGACAUUGAGUGGACUUCUAUCUACACCUGUCCUGACAGUACAAGUCCAUAGCAACAGAGGACAGCGUCCUGGUGCAGGCAGCGCUAGUGACCUGCUCGAUACUCUCCAAGGGGGAACCUUAGAUCCGCAACAGCUUGAGUACGAACAGCCAUCGCUCAGCAUUCUUCCUUUACCUCAAGAUCUAACAGAUGCGUCUUCCCUUACAGAAAGCGCCUCUGCACUUCCGCCAUCAAACCUUAGUAUACCGAAUGCCGUCGACGUAGCAGCAACAGCAACAGUAGCGACAACAGCAACAAGAUUAGGAAGGCCAUCUUUCCCUCCUGUCGGCGCGACGUGUGCGCCGCCAGUGGCCAUACAAAUGGAAACGCCCCCAGCAACAACAACACCUGUAAUACAGUCUUCUGAAGAAGUGAAUCUUUCUUACACAAGAAGACAGCUAUCGGCAGCAUUUUUAAAUUGUCGAAAAUCUUCACCUUUGCUUGUCGUCGGCCAUGGUUAUUGCCCGAGCGCCCAAUCAGAUUCUCAAUCAGAACACUCCGGGCAUUCAAGGGCCGAGCUCCUCUCCUCUGGGGAAUGUUCUGCGGCAUCUUCGCCAAGUACAACUCCUCCGCCUACUGCAAUGUUAGUACCGUACUCGAUCCUCGCUUCAACGUCAGCGUCAUCUACGUUAUUUACAGUACGAGAUGCCUCUGCAGUAGCUACAGCACAGGCGACUGUGCAUCACGGUGCGUGUCCAGAGACUGCGUCAGAAAAAACUACACCGCCUCCGAGAGGUCAGCAGCAUUUUGUCCCGUCAAAUGAUGAGGUCGGAGCAUGUAUUGGCGUAAACAGCGACACGACGCAGCGCACUCUAGAGUUAGCUGCCUCACGAGCAGAUUUCAUUUCGCCCGCGUAUAGACCGUUAGUUGAGCAUCUAACGCUGUCUUCGACAACAACAGUGACCGAUUCAGCGAGAAAAUCUGCCAGCCAGCGAGGAUCGCCCCCGUCGCCCAGCUCGCAGCCAUCACAGAUGGCUCUGCUGUCGCUUAUUAGUAAACGUCUACCUCAUCAUCCAACCGCCUCUCCCGUGUUGGACGAGCGUCCACCCGUUAUCACUCGCUCGCUCGUCGCCGCUGCAUCGAUUCACAACGAGCGUACCGGUGCGUUUGAUACUGUUCCUACGAAGCACCCGUCACGUAUAGCGGUGGUACCGAUGCCAUCGGUCAUUACUCCUCUGAGGACCUCACUUCGGCAGGCGCCGCCGUCAUCGCCGUCUUCUGCGGUUCAGUCGUCUACAUCACCAGUCAGUCCACCAUGUCCAGCAGCCACCAACUCCAUAACAGCCCAAGCGCCAACAGCUGCUAAUGAAGACCCUUUAGCUCAUUCUUCGAGGCAUGCGCACAUGAUAAUUCAUAGACCGACUCCAACGCGAAUGGGUCAAGUUAAUGCUGGGGCUGCCGGCAAUUCGAGCACUGGCCAAGUGGCGCAGAACGUUCCUCCUUCGCAAUUGAUCGCUCGAAGCAUGCGAGCCGGCGCUACACUGACAGGAUCAUUCACACGAAAACCUUGCCCUUACUGUGUAAAUAAGAGCUUUCCUUCGUACAAGGACCUCGAACGCCACCUGCGGACGCAUACCGGUGAGCGGCCCUAUCCCUGCAAUAUGUGCGACUACCGUGCGCGACAACGGGGCGCCCUUCGUAACCAUAUGAGUAAGAAGCAUGGCGUGCAGAUGCCUCACCUUCCGCCGGUAUCGUCCGCCGCAGCGUCGGGAAAUUUUCCGCUUCCUCCGAACCUUCUAGCGAAGUUGGGUUUGUCUCAGACAAGUGUUGCUGGUGGUCCUGGGGGAUCGGUCAAUGCCGGGCCUAGUCCCGAGGCUGUUCAAGCUUUGGAGACGCUUCAGGGCCUUCAACAAGCCGCUGUCGUUGCUGCAGCUUCCAGCAACAUUGUCCUUUCACUUCCCCCGUCACCUGCCGCAACUGCAUUGUCGACCUGCUCCGUCCAAAGUUCCUCUGCUUCUCAGAACAACGCUAGCAGCGCUGGUACAUCGUGUCUCGCUGGCUUCAUACUGAAUGGCCAACUAAAUCCGCGUCGUCACCAUUGUGAAGUAUGUGGAAAGCAGUUUCAGUCACCCAGUCAUCUGAGGAUCCACAUGCGUAGUCAUACGGGUGAACGACCCUAUGCAUGUCAGUUCUGCGACUAUCGUGCCACACAGCUCGGCGCCUUGAAGAAACACAUUGAAGGCAUUCACCAUAAACUAAACAACUCGACUCGAGUCGCUGAGGUGGUGAGACGAUGCCCAGUCGAGGAAAUACGGCUGAUGCUAUUCACAUACCGUCUCUUGAAAGUCUCAUGCGCAUCUCUCACUCUCUUCGUUAUUCCUGUGGGAAACUUAAUGACGAUGCAACUUCAAGGUGACAAUACUACAACUAGCGGUACUGUGAUCCCCCUUGUCGUUUCAUUAACUGGCGCUCUCGAGGCAUUUACCAAAGCUAACAACAGCCUCGUAGCCACAAGCGGAACAACGACCCCAUCGACGAGUACGAGCUCAGGUGAUCGACCCGCGUGCUCGAUCUGCGGCAAAGAUUUUUCGACAACAUGGCAUCUUCGGGUUCAUAUGCGUGGUCAUACCAACGAACGACCAUAUGGCUGCAGUGUGUGCGAUAAGACGUUCCUUCGAUCUGACCAUCUCUGUCGGCAUAUGCGCAAUGUUCACAAAGUCAACCCAAACAGCAACGAAGUUACUUGGCUUAUGGAGGCGAUGGAGGAUGAAGAGCGCAUGCGUGUCGCCCUUCAAUAAGCCUAACAUCUUAAUAAAAAUAACGGUCAUAUAAUUCUACACGUUUAAAAGGAGCGGCCUAACUCGGUAUUUAAUCAUGUGGCUAAGAAGGUUCGGAAUGUUUGAGAUAAACACUUAAAAGACUGACGCGUCUAGAUGAAUUAAAACGGAUGCUAAACAUGAAGCAUUCAAGAUUUCGGAUAAAAAGAAGGGCAAAUUAUUAGCUAGAAAGCAACAAGAAUAGUGAUCAGAUCGAUGACUUGCAAACAAAUUCAAAUCUCGCGCGUAUCUGGUUAAAGUUAAUUGCCAGCGUACCGCUAAGAAAGCCUGGAUACACUACAUGAAAAGUUGCGAUAAGUGUGUACUCGUAUAGUUAUACGGAUUAUUCUUUCACGUACUAGCUUUCACCAACUGAAACUUGUGCGUCACUUUCUAACUUACCAUAUGUCGUUCUGGAAGGUGGAAAAAAUGUAUCAAUAAAUAGAUCUUCGGUGUAACCCCUUCAACCAUCAAAAAAUCACGGAGACACAACGAAACAGUAGCAUUCUUAAUCCGAAUUUCCACAUACGGUUGUGUUAAUUUAUAAACAGCAGAAGAUAUUGAUUAUAUGCCCUUGAACCUGCUACAUGUAUAAUAGGACGCUUUGUGGUAUUAUCCAGCCUGAGAAAUUGAGUUGGUAAAUAUCUAUUUGACAAACAGGCCAGUUGUUACAAUGGAUCGUAAAUGAGUUUCGAGUCCCAUCUUACUCAUCUGUGCGAGAGCUCAAAUGUGCAACGACCAGAAUAAUGAUACGUUAACAAAAAAAUCGGGACUAAAAAUUAACAUGAUCCGUAGGGAUGAUAUUCGUAACGAUGGCAAACCAUAGGUUAGGGACGUUUUUUUUUACCCAGAAUUAGGAGAACGUUA